UCUUUGUCUUCUGCUCUUUCUUUUCCUUUUCUUUUUUGUUUGCUAAAUAUUUUGCUCGUCUUCUUAGCCUUGCACUUCUUCUUGCUGGAGGCAUUUGAUGAAUUUAUUAAAUUAAGCAUCUGGAUCAGUCGUUAUCCAAAUUCCGUCUACUCUUUUUGUUAAUAAUAAAUUUCAGGGCAGGUCGUGUAGAGAUUGUGCCAUCAAAUGAGUAUCAAGAGUUUGGGCUGAGGAAAUCUGCUUAUCCUAGUUUUUAUCACUUGGGGUUUCAUUCAUGAUUGGGAAAAUGGUUGAGGGUCCUAAAUUUACAGGACUUAUCGGAGGAACCAACAACAAUGAUAACAAUUACUAUGAUUUUACUCAAGGGUUUUACCAAAAGCUUGGAGAGGGAACUAACAUGUCUAUUGACAGUUUACAGACAAGUAAUGCUGGUGGGUCUGUGUCCAUGUCAGUUGAAAACAGUAGCGUCGGUUCUAAUGAUUCUCUAACCCACAUUUUAAGCCACCCUGGUCUUAAGCCUACUAACCGUCACAAUUACUCCGUGUCUGUGGGACAGAGCGUGAUUCGUCCUGGUAAAGUUGGCCAUGCACUGACUGAUGAUGCAUUAGCGCAGGCAUUGAUGGAUAAUAGAUAUCCAACUGAGGGAUUGCCGAAUUAUGAUGAGUGGACAAUUGAUUUAAGGAAACUUAACAUGGGUUCAGCUUUUGCUCAAGGAGCCUUUGGGAAGUUAUAUAGAGGUACAUAUAAUGGUGAGGAUGUUGCGAUUAAGAUAUUAGAAAGGCCAGAGAAUAGCCCAGAGAAGGCACAAGUUAUGGAACAACAAUUUCAGCAGGAAGUUAUGAUGAUGCUUGCAACACUUAAGCAUCCAAAUAUUGUGCGAUUUAUUGGGGCUUGUCGCAAACCUAUGGUUUGGUGCAUUGUGACAGAGUAUGCAAAGGGUGGCUCAGUUCGACAGUUUCUGACCAGGAGGCAGAAUCGUGCUGUGCCAUUGAAAUUGGCAGUUAAGCAGGCAUUGGAUGUUGCGAGAGGGAUGGCCUAUGUGCACGGGCUUGGGUUUAUUCACAGGGAUUUGAAGUCAGAUAAUCUUCUAAUAGCUGCUGAUAAAUCAAUAAAGAUUGCAGAUUUUGGAGUAGCACGUAUUGAGGUGCAGACUGAGGGCAUGACACCAGAGACAGGGACGUACCGUUGGAUGGCUCCAGAGAUGAUACAGCAUAGACCGUACACGCAAAAAGUAGAUGUGUAUAGUUUUGGAAUAGUCCUUUGGGAGCUUAUCACAGGCUUGCUUCCUUUCCAGAACAUGACUGCGGUGCAGGCAGCAUUUGCUGUGGUGAAUAAGGGUGUUAGGCCAGUUAUUCCAAAUGAUUGCCUCCCAGUGCUGAGGGAGAUCAUGAUGCGUUGCUGGGACACCGACCCAGAAGUCCGUCCUCCCUUCACUGAUAUCGUGAAGAUGCUUGAGAUUGCUGAAACAGAUAUACUAACAACUGUUCGUAAGGCCCGCUUCAGGUGUUGCAUGACUCAACCUAUGGCAAUUGACUGAUCCAGGAUAGAAAGAGUGAAGAAAAGACAGUAAAAGGAAAUGAGGAUAUAAAUGGAAAUGCAAGGGAAGCAGUAAGAAUUUAUAUAUAAGUUCAUGUAUGUAUCAGUAUUUUACAUUAUCUUUUUUUUCCUUUUACACUCUAUUUUCCAGGUAGAAGAUAAGUUGUUGGGCUGAGAAUGCUGAUUUCUGGAUUUUGGUGUGAAUUUGUUCUUGAACAAGUGGUGUUGUAGUUUUAGUAGUAAGGGGAUCAUGGAUGUGGUUUCCUUUCCUUGUGUA